CUUUGACACCGGAAGUGUAUCUUCAGUCAUCGUUGGCGGCGGACCGUCAAAGAUGAGUGGUGAUACUGAUGGAAAUAAGGAGUUCCAUGAGCAGCUCCGGUUGCAGCAGCUGUAUGGCCAGAGACAGGGGGGCGGAGCUGACCCUAACACCUUCGUGGACCCAGAGGAUGGGACAGUGUAUGACUGGGACCAUGACAAGAAAGCAUGGUUUCCUAAAAUAACAGAGGACUUCCUUGCUGCAUAUCAAGCUAACUACGGCUUCACAAAGGAUGGGGAGCAUGAUCCAAAUGCUGCAUGUACACCUAACACAGACACACCAGCCAAGCCAGAGGAGGGGAAGAAAGCAGAGAAGCGCACUGACACAGAACAGCCGAAAGAGGGCAAAAAGGAGAAAGGGGAGAAAAGGAAGGCAGAUGCAGCAGCCUGGUUUGAUGUGGAAACAGACAAGAAUACCAAUGUGUACGUGUCAGGUCUUCCACCGGACAUCACCACGGAGGAGUUUGUUGAGCUCAUGUCUAAGUGUGGCAUUGUUAUGAGGGACCCCAUCUCUGAGGAGUACAAAGUCAAACUCUACAAGGACGGCCAGGGCAACCAGAAAGGGGACGGACUCUGCUGUUACUUAAAGAAGGAGUCCGUAGCCCUGGCUGAGCGGCUGAUUGACGAGUCAGAGAUCAGGGGUUAUCAGCUCCAUGUGGAGGCUGCCAGGUUCGAGCUCAAGGGCCAGUACGACGCCAGUAAGAAGAAGAAGAAGAGCAAGGAUUACCGCAAGAGGAUGAAGGCCCAGCAGAAGCAGCUGGACUGGAGGCCAGAGAAGAAAGGGGAGGCGCGCAAAAGGCAUGAACGUGUGCUCAUUAUCCAGAACAUGUUCCACCCUAGUGACUUUGAGGAAGACCCCCUGGUGUUAAAUGAGUACCGAGACGACCUGCGGACAGAAUGUGAGAAAUUUGGUCAGGUGAAGAAGGUCAUCAUUUUUGAUAGACAUCCUGAUGGAGUGGCCUCGGUGGCCUUCAAAGAGCCAGAGGAUGCAGACGUGUGUCAGAUAGCAUUGGACGGCCGCUGGUUUGGGGGCAAGAAGUUAUCAGCACAGCUGUGGGAUGGAUCCACUGACUACCAGGUGGAGGAAACCACGAGGGAGCGAGAGGAGAGACUGAAAGGCUGGGCAGCUUACCUAGAGGGUGGGAGCAAGGGACCUGCUCCGCCGGGGGCACCGCCAGGAAGUACAGAGGGACCAGACAAACCAACCACAACCACAGAGGAGUCAUCCAGCAAGGCAGAGGGAUCUGUGACAGAGCCCUCCAACUCUCAGAGCCAGGAAGCAGGGGCAAAGGCAGCAGUAGACCCUGGGGUGGAACCAGAGACCUCUGGGGACGCUGAAGUAAGUUCCACUGACAGCAGCCUGGCAGGAAGUGAUGAAGAAGACACGUAGACAGACACACAGACAUCACUGUACAUCUCCUUGUGUUCAACAUAUAAAAGGACAUCUGCUAAACUGCCCUACACCUCAGUGUUUGAUCGGUGGAGAGUGACACACUGAGGAAUAGGGCUAUUGGGAUGGAAAUACUCUGUUGCAUACUUAGCGAUGAAUAAAAAAAAGUAAUUUGUAUAUUUUCAAUUCUUUCCCGCCACAAUUACCUGUUUUAUUGAUUGACAUCAAUCAUUUGCAACAUCACUUUAAUGUCUUUUAUACUAGGAAUUUGUGUAAUGAACUAAAUGAUCUUGGUCUUGAUUUGAGUCAUCUGGAAUGGAUAUGCAGUUAGGGACCAAGCUUUGGAGAGGUCUUAAACUGAAAGGGUUUACAUCCAUGUUUCUCAUUGUCUCUCUUAAAUAUAGCACUGGACUCGAUUUCAACCUUAAAGCUGAAACUCAACCCUGUCUUGUCAUGAUUUGUUUUGAGAUGGAAAAUAAACUCAAUGUUACCAAUGGCAA